AGCUGUAAAAAUCAACAUAACUUGAAAAUCAAAAAUUAAUUUAUUUGCCAUGCUAGUGUCAACAUGCUAUGCUGCUAGAAGAUAGUUAUGUAUUCGAUAUACAUAGCGAUUAUAAUAGUUCCUUUAGUUUUUUUCGUUGCUGUUUUUUUUAAACGUUUUUGUCAUCAAUUUCGUUUGUUGCCAUCACCCAAAGAGAGUUUAAUUACAUGUCACUAUAGUUAUUUUGAUGUUCAUGACCAUGUUAACACUCUGUUAAACUUUGGUAAAGAGUUUAAAGAUUACGGAUUAUAUACAAUUAAUACUUUAAUUGGACCCAGACAAGUUCAUCUUUUAUUGCCACAUUUCAUUAAAACAGUAAUUGCAGAUGGAAAGUUUUUUCAAAGAUCACCAGUUUUUAAAGCCGUAUUUCCUCUUGUUGGAAACAGUAUGAUCGUUUCUAAUUAUGAAGAUCAUCAUUGGCAAAGAAAAUUAUUUAAUCAAGCCUUUACUUCGCAACAAUUAAAAAGAUAUUUUUUAGCUUUUACUCUGCAUACUGAUUUGCUAAUGAAGCUCUGGUCAUGCACAUGUGAUAAAGAAAAUGGCACUAACUUAAACGUUUGGAGUGACUUGUCUAAUCUUUCAUUUGAUAUAAUUGGUGACGUUGGUUUUGGCUAUCAAUUCAACACUAUUACAUCUCAUUCUGGAAAUGCGUUUACAAAAGCACUUCGAAGUUAUAUUAACUUACGAUUUAAUUCUAGCGUAGUGCACAAUGUUCUAAUAGCUUAUUUUCCAUUCUUAAUGCGUUUUUUAUCAAAGUUUGGAAAUCUUAAUAAAGCUGAGCAAGUUAUUUACAAUACCCUGAACAUGCUUAUCGAUAAGCGUAAAAAAGAAAUAGAAAAUGGAUUAGUAAAAGAAGAGAAAGAUUUUUUAUCAAUUGUUUUAAAAGAUCAACAACAAGAAAAGAGCAAACUGACAAAUGAUUUGAUUAGAGAUAAUUUAAUGACGCUUUUAAUUGCUGGUCAUGAAACUACUUCUACUGCAAUGCUGUGGUGUUUAUACACAUUAGGAACAAAUUUAGAUGUUCAAAACAAACUAAGAGAAGAAAUAAAGAAAAAUGUCUUUGAUAUAAAAAGUAUUUUACGGGAAGAAGUUUUAAGCAUCAAGUACUUGGAUUGUGUAGUUAAAGAGACAUUACGCAUGCAUCCACCUGCGUCAUUUAUAUCUCGAAAAAACAAAACUGAAACAAAGUUGGGUGAUUAUGAUCUACCUGCUGGCACGUUUUUAAGAAUUUCAAUUAACAACGUACAUAUGAAUGAGUCUGUUUAUCCUGAUCCUUAUUUAUUUAAGCCGGAACGAUUUAUGACAGAUGAAAUACCACCAUUGUCUUUUCUCUCAUUUGGGCAAGGUAUUUAUAAUUGUAUUGGAAAGAAUUUUGCUUUGCUUGAAAUUAAAACGUUUUUGGUUAAAGCAUUAUUACAUUUUGAAGUUUCUGUCGACCCAAGUCAUGUGAAUUAUACAAAACAGAUUUUGUUAACUUUAAAUACCGUUGAACCCAUUUGGAUAAGAGUGAAAUCUAUUGAAGAAUAAAAUAAUCAAGGCAAAUAACAUUACUAUUAUAAAUAUUAAUCGCGUGUUUUCCUAUGUCGAUGGGUAUAAAGAAAAAUAGCAUAUACUCAUUUUUACCAAACGUGAGGUUUUUUACCAACUUACUUGCUAUUAAGUUCCUUAACAUAAGACAAAAUGUUGUAUAUCCAACUUAUCAGCCGAUUAACGAUAUGGAGUAGAAACAUCCAUUAUCUUGUGCCUAUUAGAACUCUAAUGGCAAUCUUUCGGCACCAUUAUUGAACUCUACUUAUAUAUUAUUUUUUACAAUUUAACAUCAAAGUAGGAGGAUUUUUUAAAGAUAUCACAACUGUGAUAUUUUGGAGUAUUAGAGCUGCGUUACUAAAAGCUCAAAAAUGAAAACAUGUUUCUUUACCUUAUAACCAUCGACCUGUGCGUAUAUUUUUAAAUAUUUUUGUAAUUCGAUUUCUUGCUUUCUUGCAAUCUUAUUUAUGCACUUUAAGUUAUUUUUGUUAACUCAAUCUUACUUUUCAUUUAGAUUUUUGUAUUAUAAUCUACGUUUAUUGUAUUUAUUAUUUCUCUAUUAUUAUCAGUCUUAAAUAAUAUCAUAAAAGUUGUUUAGAGUUUAAAUGCAUUUUAUAAAUUUGUGUUUAGCAAAUGUAUUUUAUCGAAUCAAGUAACGUUCGAUCUUUAAUUUUAGAGCUUAAAACUUUAGCAACUGUAUUGUGUCUAAUAAUAUAAUCACCUUAUUUUUUA